CAGAAUGUGAAAGUGAAUGUAUUUACAGAACACAACAACUAUAUAAAGGAGGUGUGUAGUCAAUUUUUAAAUACAAGCGACAGCUAAUUUUGCUCCCUUUUUACUGCCUCAGAUAAUGGAAAUGAAUUGCACUGAAGAAUACAGUAAAAUGGAGAUGGAAUGGGAACCAAAGAAAUCAUUUCAAAGAGGUCGUCCCUGCAGCAGAAAAACUGGCAUUCUUGUGCUUCUAGAAACAGCCUGCAUGAUUAUUUUCAUGGUUAUGACUUUUGUCAUCUAUUCACAUCAAGAACGAAAGUUCUCAAUGCUGGAGAGCUGGAUGAACAGCCAUACUUCUGAUCUAACCUCACUCAAAUCUGAUUUUCAGUUCACAGAAAAGAAGGUUGCUGAGCUGCAGAACUUAAUGUCCAACUUGAGUUCAUAUUUGAACACGUCUGGAGCAAGUAACCCAAUGACCAGGGAAAUGCAAGAAAAGAGGUUGUCUAAUCUUGAGACCCUGAUGAACUCCUCACUGAGUUCACUCGCAUCCAAACAAGAAGAAAACCUACAAAAGCUGGAGCACCAGCAGGAUGUGUCACACACGGAAGUCAAGAGUUUGAUGGGCAGUUUGAGUUCUACAGUAUCGGGUCUUAGGGAUAAACUGGCAGAGGACAGUUCAAGGUCAUCUAUUUUGUCUAUUCCACGCUCACAACGGAUCUUGGUGGAUAUGUCAAGAUCACUGACGGAACUGAAGCAUUUAAUGUGGGAAGUGAAAUCAUCAAUUCAGUCUCUUACUUCCAAACUAUCAUUUACCAACUUACUUUCACCAGGCUGUACUGAAUCUGGUUGGAUCCUGUUCAGCAACAGCUGUUACCUGUUCUCUAGUGAUACAAUGAAUUGGACCAAAGCAAAGGAUUACUGCGAAGAGAAGGGUGCAUUACUCCUAAAAAUAGAAGAUGCAUCUGAGAGGGAGUGGCAAUUUGUCACCAAUACAGCCAAACCGCAAGAACACUGGAUUGGCCUCACGGACCAGAACACAGGGCAGUGGAGAUGGGCGGAUGACACUCCUUACACCAUGAAUAAAGCACAAUGGAGCACUGGGCAGCCGGAUGACUGGAGAGAACAUGGUCUGGGAGAGGAAGGAGAGGACUGUGGGCACAUUACAAUAUAUGGGCUGUUAAAUGACGCCCACUGCUCUUCCAAAAUGAAGUACAUAUGUGAAAUGAAAAAAUAGGACUGAAAAUAUGUGCCAUCAAGUGUGGUCAGCACUGAAUGAAUGAAAUUCUAAAAUCUAAGUAAGUUUUGGAAUAGGAGUUUAUUACAUUUUUUGUGUGUGGUGGGGGAGAAUUAUGUCGAAAUUGUGUAAUCUUUGGGUGCAAUUAUUAUUAUUUUUUAAAUCAGACUUUAAGAGUUUUUAAGAAAUUAAUACAGCAUGCCGUUACAGAACAAACCCAUACAAUCACAAACCCAUACAAUCUUUUACUUAAUUAAUCAGGCUGUGGCUCAUUGUACUGCAAACCGGGAACUGCACGCUUAAAUACUCAAGACUGUUUUGUUCAAUAUUUGUUUACAUAUUAUUAUAAUUGGUUUAUACUCUCAUAUAUUAAUACAUGCAAAGCAAAGCUGUUGAUAUUGGAUUGUGCUGAUACAAUAAUGUGUUUUUGAAGAAAAGCAAUAAAAAUGAUUAAGUGCCGAUACUAAUAAAAUCUAUAAAUUGAA